GGGCGGUAUUUCAAGAGAGGUUAUGAUCUUGUAAAUAAACCACACCGCUAACCCUAUUAUAAAAACAAUAAAUUAAGAAUAAGGAAUAGUCAAUGAAUGACAAUGUUGGGAUCAAUCAGGACGUGUUCCCGAGCAGUAUCAAAGAAUGGAAAGAAACCACCUCCCUUACGAGAAAUAAGUAAACCACGGAAAAACGAGGGUAUACCCAUGCCAAUAUUUCAGUAUCCAGUGGCAAGACCAGACGAUCGUCGAGUCUACGUUUGGGGGUUGGCCGACCAUGGAGGCCUUGGAACCCUGGGAAAACUUAGAGGAUCGUCGGACAAGUUUAGCUACCUCGCGAAACCCAGUCGAUUAACCUUCGGCGAGUUCCACAAGAUCGUCGACAUCACUUGCGGCUAUGGAUUUACAGCGUUUGGAGUAGCUAACGAUAACCAGAGCAUUGUGUAUGGGAACGGAAUAAACACAGAUUCACAAUUGGGAUUUGCUCCUAAGGAUGAGAGGCACUACAAGGACCAUAUCAUUACAGUACCAAGGCCUAUUCCCCUGCCCCUGAAGAAUAAGGAUACAAAGGUGCUGGGAAUGUCGGCUGGGAGAGCCCAUCUUCUGGUCCUAACUAAUGAGGGAGUGUAUACACUGGGGAACAAUGGGUAUGGACAGUGCGGAAGGCCUAUUAUAGAGCAUGAGGAUUAUUGCCAGAGCAAAGUUGUGCAUCAUAUCCCUACCAUCAAGGGAUCGAAAAUUGUUGGAGUCACUGCUGGUCAGGACCAUAGUGUACUCCUGACAGAGAAAGGAGAAGUAUAUACUUUUGGCUGGGGUGCAGAUGGGCAAACUGGUCUAGCUCAUUAUCAAAAUGAAUGGCAACCAAGUUUAGUCAAGGGCGAUCUAGCUGGUGAACGAAUAACCAAAGUGGCGUGUACUGCUGACUGCGUUCUGGCUCUCAGUGACAAAGGCAAAGUAUUUGGCUGGGGAAAUUCUGAAUACGGCCAACUUCCCAUAGACGGUGACAUAACACAGAUAAAUAUUGCCACGGAAUUAUCUGACUGUGUUACACUGGGACAUAUUGUCGAUAUUGCUGUCGGAGGGAGUUUUUGUAUGAUAUUAACGAGUACUGGAGAUGUCUACGUCUGGGGAUUCGGUCUUUUAGGGUUUGGCCCCGAGGUGAGAAAAAUUAAGACACCAACUGUCAUUCCAAACACGUUAUUCGGAAGGAACGUAUAUCAGAAAGAUGUCAAGGUGACACAAAUUUAUGCUGGCAUGAGUCACUUAGGCGCAGUAACGAAUUUAGGAGACCUCUACAUGUGGGGAAAGAAUAAAUAUGGCCACCUGGGCUUAGGCCAUACAAAUGAUCAAUUUUUUCCUCUGAAGGUGGCAGUGGGAGCCUAUGUAUCCAAGGUUGCCUGUGGGGUUGACCACACGGUGGCCCUCUGCAAACCCUUCGUCUGAGAUUCUUUCUAAUGAAUAAUUAUUGAUCAAUAAAAUUGUCCAUAUAAAUAUUAAUUAUAAGUGCUUAACCAUAAGGUACAAAAUAAAUGGAACAGAUAAAUAU